CACUUUGAAUCACCGUGUGCGUGGUUCGCUCUCCGGCCUGGGAAACACCGCCCGCUGCAAGCGUGUCGCUAGCCCCCACGGGCCGACCGCCCGCUUUACGGGUCUCGUUAUAAAAAGCGGCUUUCCAACCCUGCCCGGCUACAAUCCGCUGCUCAGUUCUCCAGGCAGCUGACACCACCACCACCAUGAGCCGCCUGCUGCCCUACGCCGUCUUGUUGGCCCUUCUGGGUUUUGCCCUGGCUGCCCCGGCCGAGGAAGCGACGCCGGCCGCUAAGGCUCCCGCUGAAGAGGCGAAGCCCGCUUCGGACGGUGACAAGGCGGUAGAGGGACGCACAGGCUUCUACCCAGGCUACGGCGUGGGAGCCUACGGUUCUGCCUUCAACCGCGGUGGAAGCUUUGGCCUGGGAAGUUACGGAAAUUCUUACGGAAACGGUGGCUUUGGAUAUAACUACGGAGGAUCCAACCGUCGUGACUACGGCCAUGUGCAGACCUACGGAGAUCGCGAGACCUUCGGCAUUGCCCAGAAUGCCGGCGCCAACCGCCGCUACGGACAGGGCAGCUUCGGAAACGUCUACAAGAACCAGGCUUUCGGAGCAGGAGGCAACCGCUACGGCGUGGGGUACCAGGGCGGAUUCCUUGGCUAGCAAACCAAAGAAAUAACACGAAUGCAUUCAACUUUCAUCGCUUCACUCUCGCCUGUUUAUGCAUUGCUUAAAAAGCAGUGGAAUGACCAUAAUCAGAAAAAAUAGGAACCAUUUUGCUUGAUAGAUAAUAAAAAAAAACACGAAGCAUAGUAUACAUCACAACUGAAAAAAAAAAAGAACCAUCUAUGGACAUGACAAUGAAUAUUCCAAAGCGUUCAGUAAGAUCACAGCCUUCUUGUCCCAGAAAACAAAAAUGCCAUGGAUGAAUUCAAUAAAACACUAUUUAUUUUCAACAAA